AUGCUUGGUAGAAUAUUUAAUGGUUCAGGAAAACCUAUUGAUCGUGGUCCAUCAGUUUUAGCUGAAGAUUAUUUAGAUAUUAAUGGCGAACCAAUUAAUCCAUUUUCACGUGAAUAUCCUGAAGAAAUGAUUCAAACAGGUAUAUCAGCUAUUGAUGUUAUGAAUAGCAUUGCUCGUGGUCAAAAGAUUCCAAUAUUUUCAGCCGCUGGUUUACCACACAAUGAUAUUGCUGCACAAAUAUGUCGUCAAGCUGGUCUUGUUAAACAUGCAAAGGAUGCAGCUGAUAAUGACGAUAAUUUCGCUAUUGUUUUUGCAGCUAUGGGUGUUAAUAUGGAAACUGCUCGUUUUUUUAAACAAGAUUUUGAAGAGAAUGGUUCAAUGGAAAAUGUUUGUUUAUUUUUAAAUUUAGCAAAUGAUCCAACAAUCGAACGUAUUAUUACACCACGUAUUGCAUUGACAACAGCAGAAUUUCUUGCUUAUCAAUGUGAUAAACACGUACUCGUUAUUUUAACUGAUAUGAGUUCAUAUGCUGAAGCUUUGCGAGAAGUUUCAGCUGCUCGUGAAGAAGUACCAGGUCGUCGUGGUUUUCCUGGUUAUAUGUAUACAGAUUUAGCAACUAUUUAUGAACGUGCUGGACGUGUUGCUGGUCGACAUGGAUCAAUAACACAAAUUCCUAUUUUAUCUAUGCCUAAUGAUGACAUAACACAUCCAAUUCCAGAUUUAACAGGUUAUAUUACUGAAGGACAAAUUUAUGUUGAUCGUCAAUUACAUAAUCGACAAAUCUAUCCACCGAUUAAUGUCUUACCAUCAUUAUCACGUCUUAUGAAAUCAGCUAUUGGUGAAGGUAUGACACGAAAAGAUCAUGCUGAUGUUUCAAAUCAAUUGUAUGCUAAUUAUGCUAUUGGAAAAGAUAUAGCUGCAAUGAAAGCUGUUGUUGGUGAAGAAGCUUUAUCAUCAGAUGAUUUACUUUAUUUAGAAUUUUUAGGCAAAUUUGAAAAGAAUUUUCUUACUCAGGGUGCCUAUGAAAAUCGUACUAUAGCAGAUUCAUUAGAUGUAUGUUGGCAAUUACUUCGAACAUUUCCACGUGAAAUGCUUAAACGUAUUCCACAUAAUAUUCUUCAAGAAUUUUAUCCACGUGAUGGAGGAAAGCAUUUACAACAAGCAGCAACAACAGCUGAAUAA